AUGUCCGGACACGAUAACCCUGGGUUCGAGGACAUAGACCCGGAACCGGGACACACCUCAUCAUUACUGGACACACCUAUACCUCUAUACCAACCGUCACUUCUAACACCGCCGCACUCCCAGUCCUUUCUGACCCAAACCAUUCGCUUUGGGCCCUCACCGGACAGACAGGAAGAGUACGUUAUCGUACGGACACCACCACCGGUGCCAUCGCGAGCUGUCACUCCCGGCGCGCACACCCUAUCGACAUACGUGUCCGACGAUAGCGAUGACAGCGAUGAUGGGUCGGGUGCGUGGGCUCCCAGUGACCGGUACGGCGCGUCGGUGGCCACUAAUAUAACCAGUGGUGACUCAGACUUACAGAACAUUUCGCACCCGAUAGAGAGGCUACAGGAGGCCUACGAAAUGGCCGAUCCGUCACCGGGAGGACAGCCGGUGUUGUUGUCCAGCGGUGUGUUGAACGUGAGCAGUGCGGACGAGACGGGUAGUCGACUGGGCCGGUGGCUGAACCGUACGGUCGGUCCCCAGAGGGGUGUCGACCGGUUGGGCCGCAAAACCAUUAGGGAUUUGAAGAAAUUGCGGACUAAAGGCUUUGACGUACGGUAUGGGAAGCGCCGGGCGAUCGGCACCGGGAACUACGGCGCUGUGUAUUCGGGUGUCUAUACUUAUGGGAUUAUGAAUCUGACUGAGCGAGAGCGUCAGUACCUGGGCUACGACAUAGUGCCCGAUCGGACUCAAUUCGCGGCCAAAUAUGUCCAGUUUGGCGGCACCGGUGCCGAGACCCUAAUGCCCCGCAUAUACCACGAGAUUGAGAAACAGUGUAUGAAACGACUGGCCAAUCACACGAACAUUGUUGCCUUUAGGAUGGCAAUUAAUCUUGGACAAUCGCAUCGGGUGGUACGCCAUCGAGAUCAGCAGCAACAGCAUCACCAUGGUGAUCAGUUCCGGAGCUACGAACGCAUGUUUCUGAUCAUGGAGCUGGGCGACCGUGGUACUUUGGCCAACAUGGUAAGUAAUAGCAAAAUCAAUGACAUACUGGCUGUGAGUUUUAUACGCCAACUGUGUUCAGGUAUGGCAUACAUACACGGAAAGGGUAUCACUCACGGGGACGCCCAUUCGGGUAAUGUACUGGUGUUCAGCUCUAGCGGUCAAACCGGUGCCAAUUUGACGGCCAAAUGGACAGACUUUGGCCGUAGUCUGUGUCGCGACCACUGGUCCGGUAGGGAUAUGACGGACGCCGAGUUUUUGGCGCUCAUCCGUACGGAUGUCCAGCAAAUGGUUAUCAUUUUGAACGCCCUGUUAGAGUGCGCCCGGACUGCCGGCGCGGCUAAUACUGGUCUCGAUGUACAGCCUGUGCGCCGGUUUGUCGAGAGAUUGAGUCAAACGAACCGGUCAUUGGAUGAUGAGCUUAGGUUGCCAUUUCUCUCACAGACAGUGGAAGUGAUCGAAACCGACAGGAAUCUGGAGAGUAUAUGUGUGGCCCAAAUUCCAUACGAUGAUUGCGGUCAUCACGAAGUGCACAGCGUGUAUGUGAGUGGUUGCGCACCGGGUGUAUCGUGUACACUUCACAAGGCUGUUCAGACAAACAUCUCGGUCGAGUUUAAAGCUAACCAGGAUGCUGAUAAACUUGAGCACUAUCUACACGCUGACAUUGCUGGCAAAGACGUGGACCUGAUACCGAUGAUGGGACUGGACAAGGAUGCGUGCAAAUUGUUGAAGUGCCCCAUUAAAAAGGACGAGGUGCGAACUCUAACCUACAAAUUCACCAUACCCAAAACAAUGCCCAACACCGACGCUAAUGUUAAAUCAAGAUUGAUUGGCUCAGGUGGCGACCUGUAUUGCACAGGCACGUAUCUGUCUGUUCGCGAUUAA